AUUGUGGGUUUUUCACACUGUAGUAUAUAGAAAGAGGGAGUGAAGGCAAAUGGUCUUGGGUCUUAGAAACUACAUCGAUAUGCACCUUCUCUCCCGCUCAGUCUCCAACACUUCACUCAGAGCCCACUCUUUCUCGCUGUCUUUCGCCUUAAUCCCCUCCAUAUCUGCUUCUUCUUCAUCUUUCUCUUCCAAAUGCAGAGCAGAGCCCAUCUCAGUCCCUUCUCAACCCCCUCCAGUUCCCAAAAGGGUUCCUUUCACACUCUCCCUUCACGGCCAUUCCUGGCAAGAUCCUUACCAUUGGAUGCGCAACACCAACGACCCUGAUUUCUUAAACUACCUGAACCAAGAAAACUCUUAUGCUCAAGCUUUCAUGGCUGACACUGGAUCCCUGCAACGAACUCUUGUUGCUGAGAUGAAAAACCGGAUGCCCUCUAAGGUCUCCACCCCUGUUGAAUGUUUUGGACCCUGGCUGUAUUACGAGUACAUACCAGAAGGGAAGGAAUACCCAGUUCUCUGCAGCAGGUUACAAACUAACAAACCUGGUUGGGCGGAAAAGAUUCUCAGUUAUGUGAAAGCUGAGUUUAGAAGGGAGGAAAUUUUGCUUGACUGGAAUGAAAUUGCUGAAAAACAUGGUUAUGUUCAUGUGGGUCAGUGUCGAAUUUCACCAGAUCACAAUUUUCUAGCAUACACGCUUGAUGCUACUGGCAGUGAACAGUUCAUGCUUCAAAUUAAGGACCUCAGAAAUGGAUGUAUUAUUCCAAUGGCACCAGUAAAUGGAAUUGUUAGCUUGGCAUGGGCUCAAGAUUGCAAGACUCUGUUCUAUACAAUUGCUGAUGAGAAUCAAAGACCUUACAGGGUUCUUUGCACAAAAUUAGAACCUGGUAAUACAGAUGAUACCUUGGUAUUUAUGGAAAAUGAUCCUAGCUAUUGUGUGGACCUAACAAGUACAAAAGAUGGCAAGUUCAUAACUGUGAAUUCAAAUUCAAGGAGUUCAUCUGAGGAAGGCAUUUACCUUUUCAUUACCUUUUCCUUUUACCCUUUUUAGAUUAUAAUUAUCCCUUGUGCCAAUCUUAUGUCCAUUGCAUUAUUACAGGUUUAUGUUGUAGAUGCAACUGAACCUUUGAAUGGCUUGCAAAGGGUACAUGAGCGUGUUUCUGGCGUAAAAUAUUUUUUGGAACAUCAUUUUGGUUUCUUUUAUAUUCUUACAAAUGCUCCUAUGAAAGAAAAUAUAAAGUGUUCCCAUGAAGGUUUAUAUUUAGCUAGAUGUCGAGUUGGAGACAUCCAGUCAACCACCUGGCAGAAUAUUUUCUAUCCAGGUAAAGAUACCUGUAUACAGGAUGUGGAUAUUUUCAAUGGACAUUUGGUGCUUUUUCUCAAUAAGGAUGGCUUUCCUAUGAUAUGUUCUAUUGAUUUGCCUGUUAAUGUUGAGUGCAAGCAUCAAAUGCUGAUCGAGGAUCUUAAUCCGUGGUUUUUCCCUAUACCCUCAAAUUCAUGUAGUGUUGAACCAGGUUCAAACCUUGACUUCAUGAGCUCAGUAUACAGAGUUGUGCUGUCAUCUCCAGUGAUACCUGAUGUGAUUAUUGAUUAUGACAUGGCAAGACGAACUUUCUCAAUUGUCCAACAAGAGGAAGUGCUUGGUGCUCCUAGUAAUGCUCGAUCACGCUCUUCAGGAUAUGAACUAGAUACCCUGCAACAUCGUGGCAUUGAAAAGGAUGCAAAGGACAAAAAUGUUGAAUUAGAAAGAUGGAAGGACUUUUCCAGUACUUAUUGUUGCGAAAGAAAGGAAGUUAUUUCGCAUGAUGGCAUCCAGGUUCCUCUGACCAUUUUGUACUCUCCAAAAGCAUGGAAGAGCAGUCAGUCUCCUGGAAUUUUACAUGGUUAUGGAGCGUAUGGUGAAGUCCUUGAUAAAAGUUGGCGUGCGGACCGCCUCAGUUUACUUGAUCGUGGAUGGGUGAUUGCAUUUGCUGAUGUAAGGGGUGGUGGCGGUGAUGAUCAUUCAUGGCAUAAAACUGGCAAUGGACUGUUUAAACAAAAUUCUAUACAUGAUUUCGUGUCGUGUGGCAAGUACCUAAUUGAUGAGGGCUAUGUUCAGAGAGAUCAACUGAGUGCCAUUGGAGUUAGUGCCGGGUGUCUUCUUAUAGGGGCGGCUCUCAAUAUGUACCCUAACUUGUUUCGUGCUGCAAUCUUGAAGGUACCCUUUCUUGAUAUAUUGAACUCAUUACUGGAUCCUAGUUUGCCUCUCACAAUGUUGGACUAUGAAGAAUUUGGGAAUCCUGGGAUAAAGUCUGAAUUUGAGUGCAUAUCAAGUUAUUGUCCAUAUAAAAACAUUCGUCCCAGAGGUUGCCACCCUUCAGUUCUUGUUACAGCAUCCUUUAACGACUCGAGGGUUGGAGUUUGGGAAGCUGCCAAAUGGGUGGCCAAAGUACGAGAUUCUGCUUGCUCUUCAUGUUCUCGUUCUGUCAUUCUUAAGACAAAUAUGAGCGGAGGACAUUUCGGUGAAGGUGGCCGCUAUAUUCAGUGCGAGGAAUUGGCUUACGACUAUGCUUUUCUGGUUAAAGCCAUGGGAGUUGACAUGAAUUAGCAAUAAAUUUGUCUCUCAUAAAAUGUAACUAAUUAACAGGGAAAUUAAAAUAUUAAACAAAGGGAUUCGUUUCAUACAA